UCGCCAAACUUCCUUCCGCUCUAGGAAGCCGCCUCGUUCGAUUUAACCCUUAGGAGGGCAGGCGUCAAAAAUCUCAGUCUCGCCCAGCUAUCAUCUUUCCUUUGCUUAAAACCCUCCAUUGAGCGCCACGGGGACCUGGUUUGGAGGAAUCUUGAAUAAAGAGAACUAAAGGAAGGGCUUUCAAGGUAUAAAAUAUUCAAAAUCGGUUUCCCGUUGCCAUCUGCGCAGUACUACCAAGAGUUAGCUCAAGUGUUUGUGCUGUUGAAAGUGAGAGCUCCUCUACCGGUGUCACCUUCCACGGCUACUGUUGCUGAAGAGAUGCCCUUCUAGAAUUUCUCUGCCUCUCUCACCCUUUUGAACAAUCAAUUCUCCUCUGCUGAUGUGACGGUUAAUUCUGGAUGACGGUGGAUGCAACUUAGUCCGAUGCCUCCAGCUUUGACCAUUCCGCCUUCGGUGACCCUGCUAGCAGCCGAUUCUCUUUAAGUACAGGAACUGUUUUUGGAGGCGUCCACCAGCAUCCCCGGGGUGGAGACGGCCCAGUUAAUCUGACACAAGGCAGAAGGCCUUGUCCAAGGCGGAUCGUGCCGACGAGCGACAGAAGUGCCACCUCAAUGGGAGAUGGAACACAGGUACAGCCGGCACUUCCUAGCCCAUCUCUUCAUGGUGACACCCCGGGACCUGCCUCUGAAAGACUGAAGCAGGUGGCCUUUGAGGACGUGGCUGUGUAUUUCACUGAGGAGGAAUGGGCCUUGCUUGAUCGGAACCAAAAGGCCUUAUAUUGGGAAGUCAUGGAGGAGAAUUUGGUGACUGUCUUUUCAUUGGAAGGAGGGGAGCAGGAGAGUGAAAAGGGAGGAGAAGCAAGCAAGGCUGCCUUAUUGGAAAGAGUCACGUGGGAAGAGAAGGAAGAGCAGCAAACGACCUCUGAGACAAAAGAGAAGAACGAAGGCUCUACCUCACAGGCUGGUGAAGUCUUUGGAUUCCAAGUCUCAGAAUCAAUAGAUGAAGAAAAGAAAAAAGGUUCCUGCCUAGAUUGUGGUGAAAGUGUCCGUUGUCACAGAAGUCUUGGUCUCCCUGAGGGAGCCCAACAAGAAGAGAAAUCUUUCAAGUGUGCUGAGUGCGGAAAGGCCUUCCGCUUUAGGAAAUCUCUACUUUCCCAUCAAAUAAGCCAUACAGGGGAGAAGCCCUUUAAAUGCUCGGAGUGUGGGAAGAGCUUCAGUCGUUCCUCACCCUUUAAAUGCAUGGAGUGUGGGAAGAGCUUCAGUCGUUCCUCACACUUCAUGAACCACCAAAGGAUCCAUACAGGGGAGAAACCCUUUUCAUGCUUGGAGUGUGGUAAGAGCUUCAGUCAGAGCUCAACUCUGACCUUACACCAAAGGAUCCACACAGGGGAGAAGCCGUUUACAUGUUUGGAGUGUGGAAAGAGCUUCAGUAUCAAGAAAAGCCUCUUGUGUCAUCAGAGAAGCCACACUGGGGAGAAACCCUUCAAAUGCUUAGAGUGUGGGAAAAGCUUCAGUCAGAGGCCACACCUGAAGUCACACCAAAUAAUUCACACUGGAGAGACACCAUUUAAAUGCGUGGAGUGCGGAAUGAGCUUCGGUCGGAGUUCACAACUCAUGUUACACCAAAUCACUCAUACGGAGGAGAACCCCUUUAAAUGUUUGGACUGUGGAAAAAAUUUUCGUCGGAAGAUCCACCUCACUUGUCAUCAAGCUGUUCACACAGGGGAGAAACCAUUUCAAUGCUCUGAGUGUGGAAAGAGAUUCAGUCGUUCCUCGCACCUUACAACUCACAAGCAGAUUCACACUGGAGAGAAACCAUAUAAAUGCUUGGAGUGUGGAAAGAAUUUUGGUCAUCCCUCACACCUUAUAAACCACCAAAGAAUCCACACAGGGGAGAAACCCUUUCCAUGCUUGGAGUGUGGAAAAUGUUUUGCUCGGAAGGAUUACCUCACUUCUCAUCAAAGGACUCACACACGAGAGAAACCCUUUAAAUGCCUGGAGUGUGGGAAAAGCUUCAGCCAAAUGAUACACCUCACGUACCAUCAGAGAACCCACACAGGGGAGAAACCAUUUCAAUGCUUGGAGUGUGGAAAUAGAUUUGUUAGGAAAGAUUAUCUUAUUGCACAUCAAAAAAUCCACAAGAAAAUGGGAGAAAUUAUUUAAUAGUACUCAGUCCAAGGUUUUAUCACAAAAACAGCUAUUUAAAGCAAUUGUUGGGAUUCUGAUUUCUCAAAAUAAUAAUAAAACGUAUAGUUGACAAGAAUCAAGGAUGCUUCAUAAUAAAUAAUUUUUUUGAGAUGAAGUGACCACUAUAUGAAAUAGAAUACAAUCAGACAUAAAUAGGAUCACUAUUUUUGGCACUAGAUAUGAACAAGUUGUGUAAUAGUCUGGAUAAAACCCAUCACUAUUUGUCAAAGGUGAUUUGUGGGAUCAAGAGAGUUACAAAAUGUGAUGUUUAGUGUCGAGGCUUAAUUGAAGAACACUGGAAAGUAAAAUUUCAUAUUCCUCCCCCCCCCAAAAAAAAAACACAUAUGUUUAAACCUUUUUCUUAUCAAUGAUGGGCUGAUACUCAGCGGGCAGAGAAACUAAACAAUGUGUAAACAUGUAGAAUAUCUUCCGCAUUCAGAUUAAAAUGUUUACAUUCUUAGGUGUCAGAAAUACAUUUUCAGUUGUUUUCUCAAAUAAACAAGUCGUCAUCAUCCCAUUUAUCUGUCUCUCCCGUCUCCAACUGC